AUGGCUUCUGUGGCAAGCAAGAACCUUUACGAGCUUCUGGGCAACGACCUGGAGCUCGACCCCAACAGAGAGCCUGAACCUCCUACCAAGGUCAUGGACAAGCCCGUCCCUCGCGCCGGCAAGCGCAACGCUGGUCCCGAGGCUCCCUCGACCGACGCUCCCAGACCCGCUGGCCGUGGUGGACGCAACGCCGCCUUCACUGGCUCUGAGCAGGCUUUCCGCGAUAGAGGCGCAGGUGCUUCUAACAACAGAUCCAAGCCUACCGAUGACGGUGUCCGCCAGGACCGCCGCCCCAGAGGUGACGGCGAGGGCCGUGGUGGCCGUGGUGGCCGCGGUGGUCCCCGUGGUGCUGGUGGUAGAAACCCCCGCGCCGGCGACAAGCACGACCGUACUGGCCACGCCGGUAGCAACGACCACGCCAAGCAGGCCGGUGCCGCCUGGGGUCACGAGACCGGUAACGCCGAGUUGAACGACGAGAAGGCUGCUCUUGCCGAUGCUAAGGCCGAGGAGGCCAAGGAGGGUAUUGUCGCCGAUGCCACUCCCGUCGAUGCCGAGGGUGCCGCUGCCCAGGAGGUUCCCGCCGAGGAGGACAACGUCAAGUCCUACGAGCAGUACCUCGCCGAGCAGCUCGAGAAGAAGGCCGCUCUUGCCGGUAACUUCGAGGCCCGCAAGCCCAACGAGGGUGCUUCCAAGAAGUUCCCCGAGGGCAAGGCUUUCGAGCGUGACGCCAACGAGAACUACGUCGCCCCCUCCGCUGGCAAGGCCAAGAAGCAGAAGGAGCGCAAGGACAAGAACCUGCUCGACAUUGACCAAGCCUGGAAGGAGGAGCAGUCCCAGACCCAGGACUCUGGAUUCCGUGGUGGCCGUGGUGGUGCCCGCGGUGGUGCUCGUGGUGGUGACCGUCCCCGUGGUGGACCUCGUGGCGGCCGUGGUGGUCCCCGUGGUGGUGCCGCUAGAGGUGAUGCUGCCCCUCGUGAGAGCGCUCCCCGCGCUGCCCGCACUGGUGCCUCGCCCAACGUUACCAGCUCCUCGGACUUCCCCACCCUUGGUGCUUAA